GCAGCGCUCCCUAGCUGCCUGCUCUGCUCUCCUGGCAGCCUCCUCCUCUCCCCCUCUCUCUACGGAAACACUUUCGGGAAGAAUAAGGUUUUUCCUGCUCUCGGCCAGUCUUUAGUCGGAGCCGUGGCCUAGCAGGAAGAACAGCUCAACUAUGUGGAGAAAGAAACGGGACCUUUGGGAUUCCCUGGCGUGUCUCGUAUUUCUCGUGACGCUCGUCGAUGCUUAUCGAUUCCUGAGCCAUAGCACAGCCUCGCAGUUCCUGAGCAGGCACCGGAGAGCCAACUCUCUGUUUGAGGAGAGUAAGAAGGGCAACCUGGAGAGGGAGUGCAUUGAGGAGCUGUGCAACAAGGAGGAGGCCAGGGAGAUCUUUGAGAACACGCCGGAAACGGAAUACUUCUACCCCAAAUAUGUUGCGUGCCUGGGUUCACACCGUGUCGGCAUCAACAACCCAAACUCAGACGCCAUCCCAUCAGACCUUCGCACAUGUGUGAAGGAGAUCAGUGACCAGUGCACACCGCCUCCAUGCUACAAGGAGGGAUCAGUGCGCUGCCUGGACGGACAGGCCACCUUCACCUGUGAGUGUAAACCUGGAUGGAAGGGGCAGCGCUGUGAAGACGACAUCGAUGAGUGUUCAGACCCUGAAUUUCCUGCGGGAUGCAACCAAAAAUGUUACAACAUACCCGGUAGUUUCCGCUGCAUGUGUGAAGAUGGCUACUUCCUCAUUGACAAGGUCUACUGCAGGGAUAUCGAUGAAUGCCUGAUGUACCCCAGGAUCUGUGAAGCACCGGCUAAAUGUGUCAACACGCCGGGCAUGUAUGAGUGCGGCUGUCCUCUGGGUUUGAAAUACAACUUCACAUCAAAAACUUGUAACGAUAUUGAUGAGUGCCUGUUAAAUGUGUGUGACGGGACUUGUAUCAACACAGUGGGCAGCUAUGCGUGCCACUGUGAUGGUCGUCAGGGUCUUCGUCUGGCCGAGGGUCAGCGGUACUGUGAGAGUAUCCCUGUUUGUGUGGAUCUGUAUGACCACAGACACCCUGAGAUGCUAUACCUGGGGGAGCAGUUCGCAGGACUUCCUGUCAUCUAUCUGCGCUUCCGUCUGCCAGAGAACACCAAGUUCGCAGCAGAGUUUGAUUUCCGCACAUUUGACCCUGAGGGAGUGAUACUGUAUGCCGAGUCCUCGCAGGACUCGUGGUUUAUGUUGGGACUAAGAGGCGGACGCAUUGAAGUCCAGUUCAAAAACCAGCACACCUUCAAAGUCACCAGCGGAGGAAAGGCCAUCAAUGAUGGACAGUGGCAUGUGAUCUCUGUGGAUGAACUGGAGAGCAGCAUCAGUGUGAAGAUCAGCAAGGAAGCUGUGAUGAGCAUCAACAGCCCUGACAGUCUCUUCACUUCAGUUAACGGCAAACUGGAGACCAAGGUUUACAUCGCUGGUCUGCCCAACCGCACUGACAACGUCAUCAAACCUAUCAACCCUCGCCUUGACGGCUGCAUCCGGGGCUGGAACCUGAUGAACCAGGGAGCGUCUGGGGUAAAGGAGGUCAUCCAGGAGAAGGAGAGUAAACAUUGCUUUGUGUAUGUGGAACGAGGGUCUUUCUUCACAGGGGCAGGACUGGCACAAUUCAACAUUGACUACAGUGAUUCUGGCAGCUGGAGUCUGGAUUUAAGGAUGAGUAUUCGUCCAUCCAGCAGCACAGGGAUCAUCUUUGCUCUCGUCCAAAACAACACAGUCCCACUGUCGGUCGCCGUGGUAACACAGGGAGAAGAUGAUGCUAACCUGCAAGUGUUCUUGUACGGCGUCUCCGUGGCAACGCUGGACUCACUGAUGUUGUGUUACCCCGACCGGUUGACGCUGCAGCUGAACGUGACUCCAACAGACAUCCAGCUGACAGCCAACUCCUCCACUGUUACCUACAUGAAGUCUGGUGCCCUGCUGGAGGCCCUGCAGCGCCUCAACAGCACCAUGCAGGACCCCGUCAGUACAUACGUUGGUGGGAUACCAGAAGAUGUCCCAUUACCUGCCACCCCUGUGACGGCCUUCUACCACGGCUGCAUGGAGAUCACUAUCAACAGCCAGCAGCUGGACUUUGACAAUGCCCUCAGAAAACAUAACAGCAUUAAAUCCCAUUCCUGUCCACCUGUGUCUGCCCCUGAGAGUCACCCUGCCGCACCGCACCCGCACUGAAAGUGACCUAAAUGAACAUCAUAUUGAAAAGCCCUCACUUUUUAAGCAUCCCACAGCGGCCACUUCUUGGGAUAUUUUGGAAAGAGAGAUAUAGAAUAGAAGAGGAGAAGGGGGCGAGGAAGGAGAAGAGAAAUAAGUGAGGUAGACAGUUAUAGUCAUUUUUGUCGACUUUCUCUGAUGGGUUCAUUUUAAGCUUUGUCUUAUUCUUUUCAACCAUACAGUGUUAUAGUCCUGUCUUGGGAGUUUUUUUUGUUUUUGUGAGGCAUAACGAAAGCUGGCUUGCCAGUGAGCUAGUGGGAAGCUAGAUGGCUGGAUGACGUAGUUGUAGCAGUUUGUUGCAAUGAAUAAAAUGCUUUCCAAGAAAUGCUUGAAAAGAGCUGAGCUCUGUGGCAUGCAUACCAUGUGUUGAGUAAAAGCGAUGUUUAUGUUUAAUGUAGAAAAAUAAACAAAUGGUCACUGUUGACCAGGCUUUGAGACCACCUGCAUCUCUUUUCCUGUUGUUGUAUUGGUACUGGGUCUAAAUUCCAUGUAAUUUUCCACUUGUGGAGGCAAACGUCUGGAGGCAACUACAAAUUGUGGUUGUUGGUUGUGGCGAUGAAACCAUAGAGGAGAAGCUUAGCCUUAAGCCUUUAUAUUAUCUGGUUUCAACCAUUAUCUGACUUCCUGAGGUGUUGCAUUGGGUUAGUACGUUUAAGAAACUGACUUAAUGUUUCAUUUGAAAAAAAACUGAAAAUAUAAUAACUAGUGUUAAGCACAGCAUACUAACUUAUUUCCAGGUAUUAGGACUUAUUCCUGUAUCACUCUAGGUCUUAGAAGACAAUCUUCAACUUCUGCUAUCUCCGUCCACAUAUACAGGUUUCUCCUGGUUGGUCCCUCUGUUCAAUAUUCACAGUGUAUUUAAAACAAGCCAUCUUUAAUAUAACUUAAAUGUAGAUGUUCAGUGUUGUGUUUGUUUAAUUCUUGUUUUAAUAAAAUCGGUCAAAGCAA